ACAAUGAUGUUAUUCAAACCAGAGGAAGUGGAAGGAAAGGUGGGAGUUAUCCUGUACAUACUACAGGGUGCUAUCUAUAACGUCACAUACGCGCAUCCUGACCAAACGCGCGUGAGAAGAAAGACGCGCACACGCGCACCCUGAGCGGAAACGUGCACCUGAGCGGAAACGCGCGUGAGAAAAAAGAAAAAAGGAGCACGCCCGAGCGGACACGCCCACACACGUGUAGGUAAAAAGUGAGAAUUUUCCGAAAAUUUGGCUAUGACUUCGCGUCUUUGGAUUUUCCACAACGGAACAGAACAUCUACGAUCUUCUAAGCAUUGAGAGCAUGGCCUUUUCAAUAGAACAAGACCAGCCUAUCUGACGCAAUUGUCUGUGAAAACGUAUCAAACAAACGCGACCCUUCCAGGACAGUUGUAUUGAGAUUAUUUCUGGCGACGAGUCUUCUACAACGCACGCGCUAGGCCUAAGAACGGGGGAACAUCCGGGGUCUAUCCAAAAGUCGAUAGCUGUAGUAACCCCCACAGCUCAGACCAGUUUUACAAACUACGGAAGACACCGGAACAACGUCUGACUACUCUGACUCCGAUAGUUCAGAUUUUUUGGAUACCGUCAUUGAAGGAGUAAGAAACUACAAUCAAUCCCUUGAAGAAAAUUUCAACAUUGGAGACACUCUUCAGGAUUUUUUUCAGCUAAGGGAUAGAAUAACUGAAAACUUUGAGCAUGUCUACAAAUGGGAAAAUGAGAAUUUCGUCCCUGCUGGCACUAUAGGACAAGCUAUAAAGACAGGGGGCAAUAACAACUCCUGGAGCAAAUAUAUGAGAGGAGAGCUGGGGCCGGAGGAGUUUGUGGAAGCCUUUAGUCGGGACUGCAGUCAAAUUGCAGGCUUUAAGGUCCAUAUCGGCCCUUUGCAUUCCGCGCUGACUGGAGGCUCCAUGUCACAGCCUGUGACUGUUAUGAUAGAUGCUGUGCAGCGUGCUCGUGUCGAGGGGUUCAAGACUGCUGUUCUUAGCAACAACUUUCUGUUGCCUGGAGGAAAGUCCUACCUCCCUCUAAAUACCUCUUUCUUUGACGUUAUUAUAGAGUCCUGCAGAGUGGGUUUAUGUAAGCCAGAUCUCAGGAUCUAUCAGCUGUGUGCUGAAAGACUGGGAGUCUCACCACAUGAAGCAGUAUUUCUGGAUGACUUGAGUUUCAAUGUGGAGGCUGCAGGGCAAUUAGGAAUGCAUGGUAUCACAGUUAGAGAUCAUGAAUUGGCUGUAAAGGAGCUAGAGAAAGUCCUGAAGAUACCAUUGUCUGUGUAUAGUUCUGGAACUCUGUCUGUAAGCCAGAAUCAGCAGCUUACCCAGUAUCUCAAGAAAGCUACUCAGCUGCCACUUACAGAAAACAUUAUUAUGCGACACCUGAGCCAGAGUUACUUGACUGAUUCCACGUACCUGUUGACCUGUGGACAGCAUCAGUUUGUCCUGAAGAAGAAACGAAGCUCUGAAGCUCUGCAGAAGGAAUGCAGGCUUAACGUUCUUAGAGAGGCCAAAUUCCCUGUACCUAGUGUUAUUUACCAGGAUGAGAUGUCCAGCAAUGUCCUAGGAACCCCAUUUUACCUGACCUUUUACUGUCCAGGUCGAGUGUUUAUUGACCACUCUAUACCAGGAGAGGAUUCUUGUGGGAAGAGAUGUGUAUAUGAGACUAUGAUAAAAACUCUCUGUCAGAUAAACAGAGUAGACCUGGAAACCACAAGUCUGGAGAACCGAAGAGAUCCAGAGAACCCUGAUGUGAGGGCAGUACUGGGCUGGAGUCUUUCUACUGUAGGAGACCCGCUUGUUGAUGUGGCUACCUGUUGUAUGUCACACUUCCUCCCUGCUACUGCAUCUACACAACCAGGGAGGUUUUUUGCUAUGAUGGGUAUCCUAAGUGCAGAGGAAAUAUUUGAUCUGUAUAGAAAAGAAAUGGGAUUGGAGUAUAUUCCAAACUGGCAGUUCUACAUGGCUUUCUGCUCGUUCCGCCAGGCUGCUAUCUUACAGACAAAUUAUAAAACAUCACUCAAAGUCACAAGAAACACAAACAAAGUAGAAGACAUUGUACACCUGGCAUGGGACUUUGCUACUAAAGAAGGCUUUCGUGUCUUUAAUGCUUUGCCUUGAGCAGCAAGCCUUUGAGAAGGUAAUGACAAUAGAACAUAACAUCAGUGUCUGUGCUGGACAGUCAGAUAUCAGGGAGUUGUACUACUCAGUAAGCUACAUGUAAAUACUAGACAGAAGGCCGAAUAUUGUAUACCAUAAAAUAGCUUUAUAUAGCCACUAUAUAGGUGAGGAAAGAAGUUUAUUCAACCUAUCAAUCCUCAGACAAAGCAGUAGAACUGCCCUUGUUUAGUAGUGUUCAUGUAUAAAAACAGUAUUUUAAAUAAAUUGCAAUGUAACUUUUGCAUUUGCAUAAUUAAUCCUUAAAAGACCUUAAUCUCUCAUUACUCAACAGUGCUGUACCAACAUUUACCAAGGUUAUGUUUGACAGUCUGAAGUUCAACACUGCUUUGUAACCUGAUAAGGCUCUAAACAGAGCAUGAUGAUGCUUGUAAAACUGCAUUAUUAUACAAAUGUACCUUGCAUAUGAUGUGAUAGUGUUUUGAUUGAUCAAAUGAUUUCAAAAAGUUUUUUCAUGUUUUUUAAUGAAAUAGGGUUUGAACUGUACAAUAAAGUUUGAUUGCACCAUAUAAGAUUACAUUCUCUAAUUAUUUCAGUGCUGCUGCUGUGCUAGGUUUCGCAUCCACAAUGGGGCCAGUGGUUGUUAUGGCACAACAUUCUUAUGAGAUGUGGUGUUACCAGUGGGGCAGAACAAAGCAUUU